AUGGGUCGCGGGCAGUUGACCGUGAUUUUUCGGCGACUGAUUUCACGCACAGCUGGCCACACCACACCGCACAAGGGUGGUCUGCCGCUGAUGUACUCUCCGGCCCCGCGAGGCGACUGCGACAACUGCUGCCCGAUCCGGGAACCGAAAGACAUCCAGUUCUUCCUCUACACCAGAGAGAACCCCGAAAAGGGCGACACACUGUUCGUGUCGGACAAGAAGCACCUCCGGGCGUCGCACCUGAACCGCACCAAUCCGCUCGUGAUCUACCUGCACGGGUUCUCCGAGCGGGCGCUGGGCGGCGCAGGCGAGAGCAGCAAGCAGAUGAAGGACGCGCUGCUGGCGGCCGACGACUACAACGUGGUGCUGGUCGACUGGAGCCCGCUGACCGCGCUGCCCUGGUACGUGAACUCGGUCCAGAACGGGCCGCGGGUCGGCCGCUACGUGGCCCGCUUCGUACGGUUCCUGGUGCUGUCCGAGUUUCCGCUCGCCCAGGUGCACCUGAUCGGCUUCAGCCUCGGCGCGGAAGUGGCCGGAUUUGCGGGCAAAACGCUGAACGAGUGGGGCCUGAAGGUGCCCCGGAUCACGGGUCUCGAUCCGGCUUUCCCGCUGUACGUGUUCGAGCGGGCCUCGCAGCGGCUCAGCCCCCGGGAUGCCGAGUUCGUCGACGUCAUCCACACGGACGGCGGGCUGCUGGGGUACCCGUGGCCGCUCGGCCACGUCGACUUCUACCCGAACGGAGGCGUACCGCUGCAGCCGGGCUGCGCCCAGCAGGAGCUGGCCAAGAACCGGUGGCUGGGAGUGUUCAUCGGGUGCAGCCAUGCCCGGGCAUGGCAGUACUUUGCCGAGUCGCUGACGCGACCCCGCGGCUUCCUGUGCGAGCGCUGCGAACCGAGCGAACCGGCCGCGACCGAGGUGUUCAUGGGCAUGUACACCGAUCGGACGCUGCGCGGCAAGUUCUACCUUUCGACCAACCCGCAGCCACCGUUCGGCAAGAACUCACAAAAGGACGUGCGUAGCUCAUAA